AUGGAACAUGGUGACUUCGCCGACACCAUAGACAGGUUGUGUGAUGAAUUUCGUGAAAGGCUGGUAACUGCAUAUGAGUCACUCCGAGCUCCCCCAACAGAGGGGGCUCUCCGAGGUCCAAUCAACAGGGUGACCAAAGCGCAGUCAGUGGCGAGCAGCCGGGCGGGUAGCCGUCCCACUAGCCGUCCGAUAUCACGUGCGAGUAGCAAAGGCAGCAGUUUGACUCAUUCGCACAGCUUAUCAGCACAUGCUACCAGCCGGGUCGUAAGUGAGACAGACGGCCAGGGCAAUCGUGAACGCAAUGCAAACAUAAUCUCUAUGACUUCAAGCUCCAUGGAAAGUGAUCAUAUUCCCCACGGCGAUUCCUCAACGAUCUUCCGGUCAGUUCUCGCAAACCUCACUCCCGAGGAGGCGCGCACGGUCCGCCAUCGAUUGAGAUGGCGUCUUGGAGCUAUGUCCUCGAAGACCAUGGUCUCAGGCAAAGUUAUCCAUGAUGCGGUUUCUACACUGGGCCUCACAACCUACACGGAGGAGGACAUGAAUGAGUUCGUGAACUUGCUGGCAGACUUUAUCAAGCUUAGCUUCGAGGCUAUGGACACAGACGAGGCUCCAGAGCAUGACGGAAUCCAACUGGGUUGGUUCAGCAGUGACGAGAUUCCCUUCCGGCCAGUUUGGCAAUGGCCAGAAAAGGUGGAGUCGGAUUUUCAUGGGCCUCAGUUGAAGAAAAGCGUCACUCAGAAACUAACAACCGCGCAGGAUCUGCAGCCGAUGCGAAGCUUCAAUGUUGUCCCUGCGCAAGCAUUGAUGGAGGUAUUGCUUGCCACCGAGGGUGAGGUCCACAAGAAGAUUUUCGGCGUAAAGCGCAUGCAACAAUUUCGGGCAUUGAAGGAAAUUCUGCUUGCGGCUGACACAAAUCGGCUUGUGGCAGAGUUGACAUUUGUUCGCAUUAACGAUCUGGCCGGACCUGCAGAGCGCAUAAAUAUAAUGACCAUCAUGGAGCCAAUAGUAGCCCUUCUCAUCGUCGCCAAUGGAGUCAUGAUAGGCCUGCAAACUCAUCCAGGAAACGAGGACUGGAGUGGAUGGCCUGCGAUGGAAGCGGCAUUUACAUGUACACUUCUUUUGGAGAUAGGCAUCCGCAUGUACUUCAUGCGGUGUCGCAACUAUUGGUGUGGCCCUGACCGUUACUGGAGUUACUUUGAUGUGUUCCUUGCUGCAACUGGGCUUUCCGAUGCAAUCCUCCACGCCGUCGUCGACGAAAACAUCAUUGACGCAAAUGGCACUUCGCUUCUCAGGUUUUGCAGGUUGAUUCGCUUGGUACGGAUUGUCAAAGUCUUCCGAAUCAAAGCAAUGAGGGAUCUUCGGCUGAUGGUGAAGGGCCUGAUCGCAGGAGUGCGAACUCUCAGUCUUGCCUUUUUGCUGCUCUUCGGAGUUCUCUAUGUGAUUUCUGGACUCGCUGCCAUUACCAUCGGUUCUGACAGCAAGACAAAAGAUUUGAAUCUCGAUACCUACUUUGCGGACAUUCCCCAGACAAUGUUCACUGCAUUCCGCUGCUUCACCGGAGAGUGCACGAAUGAAUUUGGACACCCAAUCCUUAUUGAGUUGAAAGAGGCAUAUGGACUUCCAUUUGUUCUUUCCUACAUCAUCAGCUACAUGCUUGUGUCUAUGGGGAUCUUCAACGUAAUUCUUGCUGUCUAUGUCGACAUCACGAUGAAGGCAGCGAAGGAGAAUGAUGCAAUCACUGCUGAGCAGUACUCGCGCGAGUCUGUUCGGAUUGCAAGGGUGACGCGGGAGCUUCUGAAGAAGUUCCAGGCAGCGUACCACACCUUUCAUGAAAUGGAAGAAGAUGACGACACAGGAAAGCGUCUAGCGAAGAUGAAGCUGAACAAGCCGAGCAAGUUGUUUGCCCAGGACGGAAUGCAUGACAUGGAAAUCACCAAGGAGAUGUUCUUGCUCAUUAUCCAGGACAGGAGCGUUCAAAAGCUGAUGAACGAGUUGGACUUGCCACCCGAUCGUGCCAACAUGUUUGAGAUUAUAGAUGCUGACGGCAGUGGCACACUGCAACUUGCAGAGCUGCUGCACGGCUUGUUGAAAAUGCGUGGCGACAUCAGCAAGUCUGAUGCUGCCUACCUAGCCACCAAAGCAGUGCAGACCAUGCUCACCGAGAUCAAGGAGGAUUUGCGCUCCGUGAGGAGCGAGACUCAUCGCAGGACUUACCAGCCAUCGGAGCCGUUCACUCCUGGCAGUGGGGUCUCAGAGGGCUCUUUUCCCCUGGGGCCCCUUGAAUCACCGAAGGAACCAGCCAAGGAUGACCCGGAGCCAGAUCUUGAUCUCACACCGGGACUAUCCGGUGCAAAGGCUCCUCCCAGAAGCUCUAAGAAUCCCAGGCGCAGUGGCCCAUCGGAGCCUGUUGUUCAAACCUCUUCCGAGACGGACUUCUUCGCGAAUAAGGUUGGUUGGCCAGAUGAUCUCAUGGACAGCAUGGACAGUGAUGUGCCCGACCUCGCAGAGAAUGAAGCCCCGGGUGCCAAGCCCAGCCGCGAGGCUACAAAGCGCCGUCGCCGCAGUUCUGCCAAAAAGGUCGGUGAUGCGAAGGACGGCACAGGGAAACCUCUGCCGAAAGAGGCGAUGAAAGAAGAGCAGGGACAAGCCAUGGCAAGGUCCAAGCCGAUAAGGCGACCAAGCAAAACGCGGCAGCGGGAGCAUCCCAGCAUGCCUGACACGAGAAGUCGCCGAGCGUCUUUCCCAGCUCCGGCCCGAAGAGAAGUGACAGUGCAGGACCGGCGAGCAAGAUCUGGAUCGGCCAGCAGGAGGAGAGCCUCAGAUUCAUCGACGAGCCAGCUGCCAGUCAGCCAGCCAACUGCCAGAAAUCUGACGCCGCUCCACCACAUUGCACCCGUUGAAGAUCUCAUGGCCGCCUCUGGCCGAAGCAGCGCACCGUCUGAAGCUGCUGGCCAGUCGUCGGAAGGUUUUGCCGAGGAAGCGGCCCGGCACGACGGACAUGCCGAGAGGUCAUCACAGAAGGUGGGCCUCCGCGACACAGAAGUUGGCUCUCGUUCUUUCGAGGAGGCGGCCGGGCCGAAUGUGAGGCUGCGCCACAUCGUGACUCCCAGUGAGGCAGCUUCUGCAGAGGCAGACUCGGCAGAGGUGGACUCGCAAUCAGCGUGUAUGAGCGCAUCGCGACCUGCCAGCAGCAGCGUGACAUCUCCUUGGGACCGCAGGGAGGUGGUUGCGACGACGCAAGAGGUGCCUGCACAGCCAAGCACAGAGGAUGGGAGAAGGAAGAGGCAAAAGCGUUUCUCCAACGCCGGAGCAAACGCAAAGGAGCUCGAGCCCCUGUCUUCGCGCUCAAGUUGGAUGUCUGAGACAGCGGAAUCCCCCUCGCUUACGCGCCGUAUUCAAGCCGAUGCGGUGAACAUCGAACGUGGCCAGUCCGAGAAGGUGGCGGCCAAGCCGGCCAGACCAAUGACGCAGCCAACCCAGUCAAAGGCGCGGUGGGCCCCCUUGACUCGGUUCGCAGCAACUGCUGCAGAGGCACAGACGCUGGUGGUCAAUGCUGGUGGAAGCAAUUCAAGAUGGCCAGGCCUCAAGGCGAAGAUCUUGGCCAAGCAGCCUGCAUCACAGGUGCAAUCUCCGACUCCUGCGACGGAGGUGUCAGAGAAGCAGGUGGAACAUCACAAAGACAUAACCGAGAAGUCAGAGGAGCACCCGAAGCAGCAGAUCAACUUGCGCAUUCCUGCAGGCUGGUCUCGCAGACCCGUGCAGAGAGCUCCUGCACGCUUUCAGUGGUGUCUGGACAGCAUGUCUGAGGGCAACCCAUUCGAAGACACCAAGUCGAGCUUGGAAGGACAGCGCAAAGGUGCCCCAGAGGGGCCACCACAGCAGAAUGUUUUCCAGGCAAUUGUGCUUGACCGCAUAGACCCGAAUCUUUUCCUGGCAAAGCCCGAGAUUCUCUGGAAGCCACCUGGCGCUCGGGCGGUCUUUGGCGGUCAGGUUCUGGGCCAGUCUCUGGCUGCUGCCAGCCAGACCGUCGCACCCGGCCUUUCGCUGCACAGUUUGCAUGCUUACUUCGUGCGGGCUGGGCAGCCUGAGCAUCCCAUUGUGUAUGACAUCAGUCGAGUUCGAGAUGGAAACAGCUUUGCCACGCGUUCUGUGGCAGCUCGGCAACAGGGAGAAUGGAUAUUCACCAUGCAAGCGAGCUUCCAGCGUCCUGAAGGUUAUUCGGUGUGCCAUCAAGCGCGGAUGCCAGACGUCCCCGAUCCCGAAUCUCUGCCGACGGAAGAGGAAAGAUUUACGAAGCUCCUGCAUGAUCCAGAGAUCCAGCCGUUGGCAAAGUGGAUUCUGAGUCAUAGGAAAAAAUAUGUCAAUCCGAUUGACGUCCGUGUUGUUCUCGACUCACUCAACUGGAAUACGGAAGAAGCUAAGCAGAUGCGAGUGAAGUACGCGCUAUCUGGCUUGGGAAUGCCGUCUCAACUGCUUUGGUUUCGAGUUCGUGAGCGAUUGCCUGAUGACGAGCAUGUGCACCACGCCGUCCUGGCCUAUCAGAGUGAUGCAGGCCUUCUCAGCACAGCAAGGGUGGAGAUGUCCUGGAAAUCAUUCUGGGAAGCUCGACCUAUGAUGGCUUCGUUGGAUCACGCGAUGUGGUUCCACCACGCCUUCCCCAGAUGGCGUGCCGACGAGUGGCUUCUUUAUGCAAUGUAUUCGCCUCGCUUGACGGGUGCACGCGGGCUUUCCCACGGGCACAUCUUCACGCGUGAUGGCUGGUUGGUUGUGAGCUGCACACAGGAAGGCUUGAUCCGCUUCGGCAAGGACCGUGGUUUGCCAGCGUCUAUGCGACCCGAGACGAAAGUGAGCAAGAAGUCACUCAUGGCCGAGGUUGGGAACUGGACUGCUCGACAAAGUCGUGGGCGGGAACCUGAAGACGGGCAGGAAGCUUUCCAGCUUAUGGGCGAGGACUGUGGGGACGAUGGCCAGUGGAGUGAUGGCGAGGAUGCUUUGACCGUGGUCGAUGUGGUUCGAAGCCUUUGCAAGCAGGAGGGACCUCACGGGCAUGUCUCAAUUGAGGCUGUGCUCACGUAUCGCUUUCACCGCGGUUUGCGCGACACCCUAGUAUCGAAUGGAUUGGAGGAGCCACGAGAGCAGUACAGAUCGGAGAUGCGCAAAGAUCCGCAGAUCCCUUGCUUCUGCCGGCGCUGUGUGUGGGAGAAUCACCCAGCUAACUCGCAGACGACAGCACACCUUCUAGCAGGGAGGAUUUUACGAGACGUUUUCGAGAUCUGGGUACAUGGCGCUGUUCCCAUGCAUAGUGCAUCAAUGCGGCAGUUGGUUAUUCAGACGACCAAAGUGUCGUGCUGCAUCUUCCUUGGGUUGCACCUGCUGAUACUUCCGAUCUUCCUCGUCCUGGUGGCUGUUGUCUACGGCACGCUUCCUCGUAAUUGCCAGGACUCUUCGUGGCAAAACCGAUGCGAGAAAGCGGCCAGCUUGACGCUCGGCGAUGUCAUGCUAACGCUGCUCUACCAAACCUUGGGGGUUGGAGGCUACAUCGACCUGAAGGAGAACUACUCUGAUGCCCCAGCGACACAACACGAUUGGGUUUUUCUUAUCGCAGCCUACUUGGGUAAAUUUGCUUGGACUCUCUGGGCCAUACUCAGCUUGGUCUACAUGUUUCGAAGACAUGAAGAAAGUCGUGAGCUCAGCGUCGCCGGGGUGCAGGGUACUACGACUGGCAUCCCAAUAGGGCGAGCAGUGGAUCAUCCUCAGGAAGCUCCCAAAGCAUAG